UGUUCUUGUCUUUUCAUCUGUCACACCCAUAUACAGUUGAAGGUUGAAAAAGACCAAUUCCACCCAGUCACCAUGUGGACAACAACAUGUGGCUUGCGGGGCCGCAAGCUCCGCCUGGCUAUCACCAUCACCUCCGUCCUGGGUUUCUCGCUGUUCGGUUAUGAUCAGGGUCUGAUGUCCGGUAUCAUCUCCGGUGACCAGUUCACCAGUGAGUUCUCUGCUCUUGCUACCGGUAAUGGCAAGGAUGAUCUUCACGUCUCCGUGCUCCGUGGUGCGGUCACGGCUUGUUAUGAACUCGGCUGUUUCUUCGGUGCCAUCUUCACUCUGAUCUUUGGGGAGCGGAUUGGGCGCACUCCGCUGUUGGUUGCGGGCGGGAUUAUCAUGGUCGUCGGUGCUGUGAUCUCCACUGCCUCCUACGGAGACCAUUGGGGCUUGGGCCAGUUCGUCGUGGGUCGUGUCAUCUCCGGCCUGGGGAACGGGAUGGACACUGCUACCAUCCCCGUCUGGCAGUCGGAGUGUUCGCGUGCUCACAACCGUGGGUUCUUGGUCUGCUUCGAGGGAGCCAUUAUCGCUGUCGGUACGUUGGUCGCCUACUGGCUGGACUUUGGUCUCUCGUAUGUCAACACUUCCGUGCAAUGGCGUUUCCCGGUCGCCUUCCAGAUCAUCUUCGCCAUUCUCGUCACCCUGGGUGCCCUGAUGCUUCCUGAGUCUCCCCGGUGGUUUGUGUCGCGCGGCCACGACAACGAGGCACGCGAGGUGCUCGCCGCCCUGAACGAUCUCUCCCCCGACUCCGACCAGGUCUUGGCCGACUUCAACCUCAUGAAGGCCGACCUGAAGGCCUCCAAGGACAACAAGGCCAGCUUCAAGACGCUGUUCACCUGUGGCAAGACGCAGGAAUUCCAGCGCAUGAUGAUCGGUUGCUCCGGUCAGUUCUUCCAGCAGUUCACCGGUUGCAAUGCGGCCAUCUACUACUCCACCCUGCUGUUCGAGACGAACCUGCGAAUGGAUCACCGUCUCUCGUUGGUGCUGGGCGGUGUCUUCGCCACGGUCUAUGCGCUGGCUACCAUCCCUUCCUUCUUUAUGAUCGAGCGGGUCGGUCGUCGCAAGCUCUUCCUCAUUGGUUUCCUGGGCCAGGGGCUGAGUUUCAUCAUCACCAUGGCGUGCUUGAUCGACGACACCACGGCCAACUCCAAGGGUGCCGUGGUGGGUAUCUUCCUCUUCAUCGUCUUCUUCGCCUUCACCACGCUGCCUCUCCCCUGGAUCUACCCCCCCGAGAUCAACCCUCUCCGCACUCGUACCAUGGCUGCCGCUGCCUCGACCUGCACCAACUGGAUCACCAACUUCGCCGUCGUCAUGUUCACGCCUGUCUUCUCCGCCUCGAGCUCCUGGGGCAUUUACCUGUUCUUUGCCUUGAUCAACUUCAUCGGCAUUCCCUUCGCUUGGUACUUCUACGCGGAGACGGCGGGUCGUGACCUCGAGGAGAUCGACAUCAUCUUCGCCAAGGCCCACAUGGAGAAGAAGUGGCCUUACCAGGUCGCCAACGAGCUGCCCAAGCUCUCUCCCGAGCAGAUUGCGCAGAUGUCCGCCGAGGUGGGUCUGGAUAUUCCUGCCCACCAGGUUGCCCACGAGUCCGAGAAGGCCGAGCUGGCCCUCAGCAGCGGCGAAAGCCAGGAGCGCAAGGAGACCUACUGAGUUCUCAGCUUUGGUGCCAACCUUCCCAACAAGACCAUCAUCAUUCCGAUACCCCUUCACCCUCCCUCCCUGCAUCUAUACAUGUACAGUCGGAGCCGUGUUGCUUUGAAUUUUUUUUGAUUACCCCGAAGGAGGUCUCACCGUUUUGGGCGAUGUGCGACCGACCGAAUACCCUUCACUGUUUAUGACUUUCAUUCUGCUGGCUUUUUUUGGUUCGAUGGUUCGAUAUCACAAAGAUUCUCCGCAUUGGCUAUAGCUCUUUUUUUCUGGACUGAUGGGACCAUGUGUUUUUAUGACGACUCCUCCACCGGCCCGGUGGGCCGACUUUCAUGUACGAAAGAAUUAUGAUUCUUGUGGGGUUUCUGUUUCAGUGUUUCUGGGGACGAAUUUAGAUGGUCCGAUAGAUAUCCUGUGUUUGUUGAUAGCGGAGGAGAGAACUAUCGGCAACUCAAUGCAUUUGUGGCUGUGUGAG